AUUAUGUUGGUUCUAAGUGCUACAAAUCUCCUUACGGAGAUGAUGUUUGGCUGGACUUUGGUCUUGCCAAAGAUCGAAGAAGACACCAGCAAGUUCAUGGUGGCUGAGGACGACGUGUCGUGGCUUGUAUCUCUGCCGUUCAUACUGAUCCCCACAUUCUCCCUGCUGGCUGGCACUCUAGCAGAAUACAUCGGUCCGCAACGUCUGCUUGUCAUUGCGAUGUUUCCCGUGGCCGGGUUCUGGCUCCUGCUGGCCUUCGGUCCCUAUCUGUGGCUCCUGUACCUUGGUAGAGCUCUACUUGCGACCAGUGCAGCGGUGGUGUUUACGAUACUGAAUCCUUUGCUUGCCGAAUUAUAUCCUGCCAGGUGUCGGGGUCUAGCCGGGAUAUUUCCUAAAGUAGUUGGCUGUGCAGGAAUGCUGUUAUCUUACCUGCUGGCUUACUUUUUGUCUUGGGACAUGGCUACUGCUAUUUCUGCUGCUCCUUUCCUGCCCUUGCCCUUUAUGCUGCUGUUUGUACCUGAGUCCCCAUACUGGUUGGUGAGGAAGAAAAAGUUGGACGCAGCAGAGAAAUCUUUAAAACUUAUUUUGCAACGAGACAGCGAUGUGGUCGAAGAACUGAAUGCAAUUAGGAACACCACGAAUCCCGAUCAGAGUGAGGUCAAGAACCUGUUGAAAGAGCUUCGAAAAACCCACAACGCCAUUCCAGUUGUGUUGCUAAUCACUCUGUUUAUGUUGAGAGAAUUCGGUGGUAGGGGGCCAGUAUUCAACUACACUGUGUACAUGUUCCGCAAGGCUGGGAUGCAACUGGAUGUUUUCUUUUGCACUGUGUUUGUCGGUGUUACUCGCCUUGUAAGCACAUGCGUGUCUGCUUGCACGUUAGACCUGGUGGGUCGCAAAACCCUCCUUGUGGGGACAUCAUUGAUAUGUGCCAUUUCUGAGGGUGUUCUUGGAAUCUUCCUCUUCCUAGAGAUAGAAGAGCCCACAUGGGUGCCUCUGGCAUGUGUGAUAGCGUUCGUAAUUGGUUACGGGCUAGGUCUUGGAACCAUUCCUGGGGUCUUAGUUGGUGAGCUUUUGCCAUCACCCGUCAGGUCUCUUGGAUCUGCAGUGGUCAUAUUUAGUAGUUUUCUUGCACACUUCGCUGUAAAUUUCGUGUUUCUGAAGAUGGUGGCAUCUCUUGGCCUUGGUCUGAUGCUGUUUGUGUUUGGAGGAGCAAAUCUGGCUGUUGUUCCACUAGUAUGGUUCUUCAUUCCCGAAACGAAAGGCCGAACGUUGCAGGACAUAGAAAAGGCCUUUGUGCUCAAGAGAAAACAACAAGGUCAAGAUAACUCUGCAUUUGAGAUGCCAUCAAAUGCAUAG